AGCCUUGACAUCAAGAGGCGGCUCCGGUACCCCCCUUCUCUGCCCCCCUCCCCUGAGCCACGGCGAUGGACUCGGCGGAUCCCGCCCGCCCUGGCCCAGCUCAGCCCCUGAUUUCGGUGAGGUGACCAUCCGGGCUGCCAGAGUGAAUGGGCCAACCUGGGGCCUGACAUUGGAGGCCAUGGACCAACCCGCCGGGGGUCCUGGAAACCCAAGGGCAGCAGCCAGUGAUGAUGGCAGCAUGGAGCCCAGCACAUGCCAGGAGCUUCUGCACCGACUGCAUGAGCUGGAGGCAGAGAACUCCGCACUUGCCCAGGCCAAUGAGAACCAGCGGGAGACGUAUGAGCGCUGUCUGGACGAGGUUGCCAACCAUGUGGUGCAGGCACUGCUGAACCAGAAGGACCUCCGGGAGGAGUGCAUCAAGCUAAAGAGGAGGGUGUUUGACCUGGAGCGCCAGAACCAGAUGCUGAGCACACUGUUGCGGCAGAAGGUCCAGCUCACGACUGGCUCCCUCCCUCAGAUCCCACUCACUCCGCUCCAGCCACUCUCGGAGCCACCAGCCUCCCCUUCACCGAGUUCUGCUGAGAGACCAACCACCGCACUGCCUCUGGGACACUCGACUGGGGAGAAAGAGGUGUGUUGGGAGCAGCAGCUGCGGCCAGGAGGCCCAGGUCCCCCAGCCACUCCACCCCCAGCCCUGGAUGCCCUGUCCCCAUUCCUUCGGAAGAAAGCCCAGAUUCUGGAGGUGCUGCGAGCCCUGGAGGAAACUGACCCUUUGCUUCUGUGCUCACCUGCCAGCCCCUGGCAGCCUGCAGGCCAGGGUCCUGGCUCCCCGGAACCCAUCAAUGGCGAGCUGUGUGGCCCGCCCCAGCCUGAGCCCUCACCCUGGGCACCCUAUCUGCUGCUUGGUCCUGGGAGCCUGGGAAGCCUGCUACACUGGGAACGAUUCUUGGGGGCCCCUGGGGAGGAGGAGGGUUCCAGGCAGUCCUGGGCCCCUAGCAGGGACCCACCACUGGCCCAGGGCCCCAGCUCUAGCUCAUGCUGUGCUCCAGGCAGCAGUUCCUCCUCAUCUUCUGACGAGGCAGGUGACCCCAAUGAGGCACCCAGCCCCGACACCCUGCUUGGUGCCCUAGCACGCAAACAGGUGAAUCUGGGCCAGCUCCUUGAGGACACAGAAACUUACCUCCAGGCCUUCCUGGCUGGAGCUACAGGCCCACUCAAUGGUGACCACCCAGGUCCCGGGAAGCCAUCUUCUCCAGACCCAGGCCCCCCACAGCUGUCCAAAGGCCUCCCAAAGUCAGCUUGGAGUGGUGGCACCACAGAGGCCAACAGGCUGGGUUUUCGUGCUACCUCAGAGGGCCAGGGGCCCAUUCCCUUCCUUAGCAUGUUUAUGGGUGCAGGGGAUGCCCCCCUGGGCUCACGGCCUGGCCACCCCCACUCUUCAUCUCAGGUGAAAAGCAAGCUCCAAAUUGGGCCCCCUUCUCCUGGGGAAACCCAGGGACCCCUUCUGCCCUCUCCAGCCAGAGGGCUCAAGUUCCUCAAGCUGCCGCCAGCCUCAGAGAAGAUUCCCAGCCCAGGAGGCCCCCAGCUCAGCCCCCAGCUGCCCCGGAAUUCUCGAAUCCCCUGUCGCAAUAGUGGUUCAGAUGGCAGCCCCUCUCCACUGCUGGCCCGCAGGGGUCUGGGUGGAGGAGAGUUGUCACCAGAGGGGCCACAGGGCCUGCCCACCAGUCCCUCACCCUGCUCCAUAAUUCUGGACGCUACACAGCUCAGACCUCCCCAGUCACCCUUGCAAACCACGCUGUCCCCAGGACCAGUGUCUCCUUGUUAUGAGAACAUUCUGGACCUUUCCCGGAACACCUUUAGGGGGUCUUCCCCAGAGCCACCUCCAUCCCCAUUGCAGGUAUCCACCUACCCACAACUGACUCUGGAAGUACCCCAGACCUCUGAGGUCCUCAGGAGCCCUGGAGCUCCCAGUCCUUGCCUCCCCGAAUCCUGCCCCUAUGGGGGUGCCCAGGAAAAGAGCCUGGACAAGGCAGGCUCAGAGUCUCCCCAUCCCAGCCGCAGGGCCCCAAGCAGCUCAUCGAAGAAGUGCACCCAGGGGUCGGGACGACGACCUGGGGAUCCUAGCUUCACACCUCUGCGGGACAGGCUGGCAGCUCUAGGGAGACUGAAGACCGGUCCGGAGGGGUCUCUGGGCCCAGAGAAGAAUGGGAUGCCAGCCAGGCCUGGCACUGAAAAGACUCGAGGACUAGGGAGGUCAGGUGAGAGUACUGGAGACAUGGUGGCCCCCACAGCCAGACCCCUUGAGCAGCCAGAAGCCAAGGGGGUCCUGCGAGGAGCAAUGGCCUUAGGCACAAGUAGCCUGAAGCAGCAGGAACCUGGACUGGGGGAUCCUGGGGCCCGAGUCUACUCCUCCCACUCCAUGGGGGCUCGGGUGGACCUGGACCCUGUUUCACCAAGGAGCUGCCUCACCAAAGUGGAGCUGGCCAAGAGCCGGCUGGCAGGGGCCCUGUGUCCCCAGGUUCCCCGCACCCCUGUGAAAGUGCCAACUUCAGCCCCUAGCCUGGGCAAACCCAACAAGAGCCCUCACAGCAGCCCAACAAAGCUACCCUCCAAGUCACCAACCAAGGUGGUACCUCGACCUGGGCUCCCCCCGGGCACCAAGGAGCCUCCCAAGCCCGACAAGGGGAAGGGCCCGCCAUGGGCAGACUGUGGCAGCACACUGGGCCAGGCCACAACCCCGGUACCUGGCCCCACCAACCCAAGCCAGGGCCCAGAGGGGCCAGCCCCACACUCGGCCAUCGAGGAGAAGGUGAUGAAGGGCAUCGAGGAGAACGUGCUGCGGCUCCAGGGCCAGGAACGGGCACCAUGCCCCGAGGUCAAGCACCGCAACACCAGCAGCAUUGCCAGCUGGUUUGGCCUUAAAAAGAGCAAACUGCCAGCACUGAACCGCCGCGCAGAGGCCACCAAGAACAAGGAAGGGGCUGGCGGAGGCUCCCCGCUCCGGAAAGAGGUCAAGGUGGAAGCCAGGAAGCUGGAAGCGGAGAGCCUCAACAUUUCCAAGCUGAUGGCCAAGGCGGAAGACCUGCGCCGGGCACUGGAAGAGGAAAAGGCAUAUUUGAGCAGCCGGGCGCGCCCACGGCCCGGGGCUCCUGCGGCGGGCCCCAGCCCCGGUCUGGGACAGGUGCAGGGCCAGCUGGCCGGCAUGUACCAAGGUGCGGACACCUUCAUGCAACAGCUGCUCAACAGGGUUGAUGGCAAGGACCUUCCGCCCAAGAGUUGGCGAGGCCCCAAACCUGAGUAUGGGGAUUUCCAGCCAAUAUCCACUGACCCCAAGAAUCCCUGGCCUGCCUGUGGGCCCCGGAAUGGCCUGGUGGACCCACUUCAGGGCUGCGGAAAACCCCCUGGAAAACCGAACAGUGAACCAGGCAGGCGGGAAGAGAUGCCCUCGGAGGACAGCCUGGCCGAGCCAGUUUCCAACUCACAUUUCACAGCAUGUGGCUCCUUGACGCGAACUUUGGACAGUGGCAUUGGGACCUUCCCACCCCCAGACCACAGCAGCAGUGGGACCCCCAGCAAGAAUCUUCCCAAGAUCAAGUCACCAAGGCUGGAACCCCCACCAGGGGUGCCCCCAGCUCGGCCACCAGCCCUCACCAAAGUCCCUCGCCGUGCCCACACGCUGGAGCGGGAGGUGCCAGGCAUAGAAGAGCUGCUGGUGAGUGGGCGGCACCCCAGCAUGCCAGCUUUCCCCGGCCUGCUUACCACUCCUGCAGUCCAUCGAAACCAUCAGACCUGCCCUGACGAUCCCUGUGAGGACCCAGGCCCUCCCCCGCCUGUCCAGCUGGCCAAGAACUGGACCUUCCCCAACACCAGAGCAGCCAGCAGCUCCUCAGAUCCCUUCCUGUGCCCACCCCGGCAACUGGAGGGGCUUCCUAGGACCCCCAUGGCUCUGCCUGUGGACCGGAAGCAAAGCCUGGAGCCCAGCCACCCGUCCUCUACGCCCCAGGGCCCCACCUUCGGGGGUAGUCGCACCCCCAGCACAUCAGACAUGGCUGAGGAAGGCAGAGUGGCCAGUGGAGGCGCUCCAGGGCUGGAGACCUCAGAGUCUCUAAGUGAUUCACUUUAUGACUCGCUGUCCUCCUGCGGGAGUCAGGGCUGAGGGGUUGCACCCACCACAGUCACCUCGGAGGCUGGGGACUCCAGGCGAGAUCUGCGACCGUGCCCUACACCUCAGAGCUGGUGGGGCCCCAUCUGAAGGGACCAAGGAGAAAGAUGGAUAAGAAGGUGACAGGGGUCCCCAGCAUAGCCCACUGCUGCUGUGCAUGAGAUGACCAUGCUCAGGGAGAGACCCCACCCUUGGUCCCUUUGUUCACCCAGAAUAAGGCUCUUCCUGUCAGGGACUGGGGGGCUCAAGUCCACCUUGCUCCAGUUCCCACCUCAGGCUGAGCCAUCUUGUGGUGCUGGGCUUCCUGCCCGCCAGCUGUGCCAUCUCUGCCCAACUUGGCUGCUCCCCUGCCCUGAAGCCCCUAUGGGGCCAUCUGGAGGCCCCACGCUGGUGGAGUUUGGGGGACAAAUUGCCUUCUCUCUCUGCCCUGGUCCUCCUUGCUACCUGAAUGGUGCUGCCCUCCCUGCCCCAUGUAUUUGGGGGUCUGUUCGUCUGUCUUUGUUUGUGUGUGUGUGUGUGUGUGUGUGUAUAUAUAUAUAUAUAUAUAUAUAUAUAUAUAUACACACACACACACAUAUGUAUAAAAGAGCGCCUGACCUGGUCCCAACCCGCACUGCGGUUAAUUUAUCUGUUGUUAAAAAGCAGCUACUCUGCUUCCAGCGUCUGCUUCUGCAGUAUACCUAAUAAAAUGUGGAGGAUCCUCCCCA